AUGCAAGUUGGUGGAAAUGCUAAUGCUGAAGCAUUUUGUCAACAACAUGGUUGUGAAACAAAAGAUAGCCAACAAAAAUGUAGUAGUCGAGCUGCACAACUUUAUCGUGAAAAACUUCAUCAACUUGCUACUAAAGCAAUGAAACAAUAUGGAACUAAAAGUGAACAUAGUCAUGCAACAUCUGAAAAAAAAGAAGGUGAUUUCUUCCAUGAACAUUCUCAACCAUCAACUAAAACUGGUGGGGAUGAUAAUGUAGCAAUCUCUUCACAUUCAAGCGAUCAAAGUCUUGAUAA